GUCUGGACAUCCUUGGGCCUGGGGGUGUGGGAGGGGGUGACCACCACUGGGCUCAUGGACCUCCCAUGCUCACUGGCUUCUCUCUGAAGGCCCAGUUGGCACUCAUGGUCACAUCCUAGCUGGGCCCAGAGCAGCUGGAGAGAGGCUCGUUGGGCUGGCCCUUCCUGCUUCCUGGCGUGGACGGCUUCACCUUGAUUCUCUUUAGCCAACAAGGAGCACCUGAGCCCUGCUCCGUAUGGAAGGGGUCUCUGCCCUGAAGGAACUUACCCUUCCCACCCAUCCCACUCUACCGUCCUUGAAGGCCCUCCAUCUAUAAGAAGCCCUCCCAGAGCGCCCCAGUCCUGCCCAAGCGCUGUUGGGGCUGACCUCUGCAGCUCUGGUUUGUGCUACUGCCUUGUGCUGCCCACGCUGGCUUGCUCUCCAGUUAAACUAGAAGCUCCCUGAAGGUAGGGGUCCCCCUGCCUCCCACCACACAGCCCCACCCCCUACCCCCAACCAAGAGAUUUUUUUUUUUUUUACCCAGAGCCAUGUAAGAGAUUCCCAAAGAGGGAAGCUUUGCGGUAGGAAAGUUUGGGGGUCCUUAGGUGAACUCUUCAAACUUUCCCAGCACCACAGAAGAGGCCCUUUCAGGGCCCCAAGGUCCCCACAGAAUGGUCCCUAGGGCCCUACAAUUUAGACCUGCCAGCUGCAGGAGUGACUGGGAGCAGCUCACAGCUGGGGGCUUAGGUGCAAUUAACCUCCAUGUGCAAAGCCAGGCUGUUCUCUGCUUCCUGUUGACCUGGGGGUACCCUGGAACACCUCCGCGCCAUUCAUGAGGGAGACAUCCCUGCCCUCAAGGAGCUGCCAGGGUCACUGGAGAAUGACGGCAGCGUGUGGGGACCAGCAUGAGGAGCGCCAGCUUCCACCAGCUUCCCUGAGGAACUCCAGAAGCCCUUGGGAGUCCCCACAUAUUCUCUGAAGGCCUUGAUCCAGCACUCUGAGUGAUCACAUGUUCAGACUGAGGCUGGAAGCAAACAGGAAGUGGAGGAUGUCCUGGCGGCAAUCCCUGCCUCUAGCCUCAAGAAGGCAGCGCAGAGCCAGCGGUGAAAAGUGUGGGCCUCACGUGGCCACGGGGGGAGCAGGAGGAGCUGUCCUCAGUCCUUCUGAGGCUGUCCCUCAGACUAGGGCACCUUUGACUCUGCAUGAGAUGGGCCCACGGACUUGAACUUCAGAGGGGCUCUAAAGCCUGGAAGGGGCCACUUUCAGAUCAAGAACCCUGUGAGAUUCCACAGUAGAUGCAGAGAACCCCAGAGAUGGUCAAAUCCGGAGAUAUGAAGGCUUCCAAACACCCUGGAAUUCAUGGAUUCCAAGAUGAUGGUGGAUUUGUCAUUAGCCUUUUGAGGCUGACCUCGGAGGUGCUAACCACAGCCCCUGCCCACUGGCCGCCAUGCAGAGGCCAUUGUUGGGCAAUCCCUGAACCUGGAGGAGCCAGUGGUGAACCCAGGUGAAGCCCCAAGAAAGGUAGAUGGAGGGGAGCAGUGCAAGGAGGAAGAAAGGCAGAGAGCGCGAAGAAGAGGUCAGCACAGCUCUCAAGGCACAUGAGGCCUGACAUAGCCCCACAAUGAUACCCUGACAGACUGCACUUGGAACUCAAACCUCCCCCUUAACAAGAGGACAGAUGGGGUGGUGUCUCAAGCUGAGACCCUGUGAGCACAACCCUCAGGGCUGGUGACAGUGGAGAGGGGAAAAUGACAAGCCUGGGGGACCUGACCCCAGGAGAGGAGCGGAACAAGAUGAGUGGGAGGAGGUUCUAAAUUAUCCAUUAGCACAGGCCCGUCAGUGGCCCCAUGCAUAAAUGUGUAGAGAAAAUUGGGGGGAGCGGAAGGGGGGAAAGAAAAAGAGCCGGGGUAUAAAAAGGGCCUGCAAGGGACCAAUUCCAGGAUCCCAGGACCCAGCUCCCCAAACUGCUCAGGGUCCUGUGGACAGCUCCCCUGGCUGUGAUGGCUGCAGGUAAGCGCCCCUGAAAUCUCCCUGGGCGUGGUGUGUACUGAGGGUCCAUGUGGGGUCCCUAACUAUGAACUCCAGGGCUUCUGAAUGUGCACAUAGACAUCUACACCCAGUCAUGCUCCACCUUUAAAAUGUUCUCAGUUCCUGCGGGGAGGAGGUGAAAGGAAAGGCCCCCAGGAUGCGGAGCAGGCUGGCAGGAUGCCCAGCCCCUGGCCCUGCCCAUCCCUCUCUAGGCUCUGGGACCUCCGCGCUCCUGGCGCUGGCCCUGCUCUGCCUGCCCUGGCCUCAGGAGGUGGGCGCCUUCCCGCCCAUGCCCUUGUCCAGCCUGUUUGCCAAUGCUGUGCUCCGGGCCCAGCACCUGCACCAACUGGCUGCUGACACCUACAAAGAGUUUGAGCGCGCCUACAUCCCGGAAGGACAGAGAUACUCCAUCCAGAACACACAGGCCGCCUUCUGCUUCUCGGAGACCAUCCCGGCGCCCACGGGCAAGGACGAGGCCCAGCAGAGAUCCGACGUGGAGCUGCUGCGCUUCUCGCUGCUGCUCAUCCAGUCGUGGCUCGGGCCCGUGCAGUUCCUCAGCCGGGUCUUCACCAACAGCCUGGUGUUCGGCACCUCGGACCGUGUCUACGAGAAGCUGAAGGACCUGGAGGAGGGCAUCCAGGCCCUGAUGCGGGAGCUGGAAGAUGGCAGCCCCCGGGCUGGGCAGAUUCUCAAGCAGACCUAUGACAAGUUUGACACCAACUUGCGCAGUGACGACGCGCUGCUCAAGAACUACGGGCUGCUCUCCUGCUUCAAGAAGGACCUGCACAAGGCCGAGACAUACCUGCGGGUCAUGAAAUGUCGCCGCUUUGUGGAAAGCAGCUGUGCCUUCUAGCUGCUGGGCAUCUCUGUACCUCUCCCCAGUGCCUCCCCAGACCCGGAAAGUGCCACUCCAGUACCCAUCAUCCUUUCCUAAUAAAAUUAAA